CUUUGGAUAAACACAUGUUUGGUUAAUUAUUGAUGGUCCCCGAAAUUUUCCAAAUUCCGAAUAUGUGGUCCUCAAAAAUGUAAUUUAAUUGGGAAUUCUUGAUAUAGUGAUAUAUACAUACACCUCUUAGAGGUCUAGAGUAAGACCCGGGACGAUGCCUAUACUGCAGCAGACGACAGUACAAAAUUGACCCAUUAGAGUACCCUACCUACUUAUAUAAUAUGACGUGUUCAAUUAUGUGCUUAAUCCGCAAACGUUUUCCGCAGAUGACCGUCGACGGAACACAUCACCAUCAGUGUCAGCCGGCCAACUGUUGGAAGUGUCCAGUGUGCAGCGCCGUGUGCACGAGCGCGUCGGCCGCUCAGAAACAUUUGGACAACCACAACGGUAUAAGGGCGUUCGUGUGCACCAUCUGCCAGUACAAGGGCAACACGCUUAGGGGUCUCAGAACGCACAUCCGCAUGCACUUCAACAAGCGGAUGAUUCCGGAUCUCAUGGAAGAAGAUUACGUGACGUGUUUGAUCGACGAGAACUCGGCGUCAUCGAUGGUCGAUGGACGCGCCAAAACGCCGACCACUUUGGAUUCCGCGGACAAGCCGUCUGCGCCGUCCACCGUUCUUAUCAAGACGGCCUCAGCCGUGGCCUCGUCGUCAUCGUUGUCGCCGUCGCCGUCGUCGUCUUCGUCAUCCACAGCCGCGGCCGCAACCGUCAUAGUGGACGAUGAGCCAAAAGAAUUGGUAGUCGUCAAGCAGGAACCGAUCAACGGCAUGGCCGCACCGCCGACGAUGGAAGAAUUGGCCACAGGCGCCUACCGUCGGCAGCAGCACGAACUUCCGGCCACUGCGUCUGACGAACUGCUGCAGCAACAGCUCCCGCCACCGCCGCCGACGCCGCAGCUGCAGAUGCAGACUGCCGGUGGCAACAAGCGGACCGGCAUGACCGCGAAAUACUGCAAGGCGUGCGACAUAUCGUUCAACUAUCUGUCCACGUUCAUUGCGCACAAAAAGUACUACUGCCGGAACAGCACAGAAUACAAGUGCAACACGGAAAACGCCAAGACGGCGACCGUCACUUAGGUGGCAUGUAACGCGCCUCCGACCGAUAAAUCGUACGAUUGUCGUACUACACUUUUAUUAUUAUUAUUAUCAUUAUUAUUAUUUUUAUUAAUUAUUAUUAUUAUAUUAUCAUUUAUUAUUUUAUUUGAACGUAUAUGCUUACAACUCGCCGACGAUCGCGAUCCUAUAAAAUAUAAUAUAUUAUAAUAUUGUUAUAUUAUACCUAUACAUAAUAAUAAUAUAACGACGACGUUGACGAACAACCUGUUGCAAACUGUACCUAUAUAAACGGUUAUUAUACUUUAAGACGACGACUCUAUUAUUCUUCGUAUACAUCCCCUCAUUUUGCGAUUAUAUUAACUAUUAUUAUUAUUAUUAUUAUGAUUAUGAUGAUGAUAAUGUUAUCAUGAUUAUUAUUAUCUAUGUUUACUAUAAUAUUUAAAUAUUAUAAUAUUUCGUUUACAUAUUAUGUGUCAGAACGAUUCGUUUAUGUAAUACGAUGUAAUAUUAUGUUAGAAUCGAUCAUGUUUUAAUAUUUUAUAAUUUUUUUUUUAAAUAUAAAUAAUUAAAGAAUUUAAAGAUUUAUCAUUUCCAAACGUUGUUUUCAUAUUAUAUUGUGUUUAUUUUGUUUCUUUAUUUGCUAUUAUUUGCAUUAUUAUUAUAUUAUUAUUAUUAUUAUUUUAUUUCAUCAUUAUUUUUAUUAUUUUUAGUUAAUAUUGUUCAGAGUAAUCAACAACUAUAUUUCUAACAUUUAUUAUCAUUAUGACUAUAAUAUAAUAUCAUUAUUAUUAUUAUUAUU